AUGUCAUUAAAGAUUUAUGUUGGAAACCUUGGGUGGAGUACCACUGAUGACAGCUUACGCUAUGCUUUUGCGGAAUAUGGCAAUGUCGUUGAUGCUAUUGUCAUGAGGGACCGUGAUACUGGCCGCAGCAGGGGCUUUGGUUUCGUCACUUUUGAGAGUUCUACUGAGGUGGAGACUGCUGUAUUGUCCAUGAACGACCAAGAAUUGGAUGGCCGAAGAAUCAGGGUGAACCGGGCUAACGUGAGAAGCGGUGGUGGAAGUAGCGACUAG